UCACUGCCGCCCUGUCGGUGUGAGGAUGAGCUGAGUGUGAGGAUGCGCUCACCGGAGCGCAGCAGAAGCAGCCGCUCACUUCAACCUGGCCACCAUGGUGAAGCGCGCGCUCCCCGGCCUCUCCGUUGCGCUCGCGGCGCUGCUGCUGAUUCCUGGGCGCGCGGCGGACCAGUACUCCACCAAGACAGAGCCGGACUACGAGUUUGGGGACUACCGGGGCAAGUGGUGCAUUGACGACCAUGGCUUCGUGUACAGCAUCGGAGAGGUUUACUACCCGAGCCCCACCGCGUGCCCCUGCACCUGCACCGUGGACGGCCCCGUGUGCGUCCAACCCAGGUGUCCCCGCAUCCACCCGCAGUGCACGCGGAUCAGGUAUAAGGCGUGCUGCCCUGUGUGUGAGGCCAUGGCCAGAGUCUGCGUCUACGGAGGCAAAACCUACAGACUGCUGGAGGAGUUCAGGGUGUCGAGGUGUGAGCGGUGUCGCUGCGAGGCCAACAGAGAGGUGUACUGCAGCAUCUCCGACUGCCCGGCCCCUCACUGCGUGAACCCCACCUAUGAGCCCAACCACUGCUGUCCCAUCUGUAAGACUGGUCCCAACUGUUUUGCCGGGAGCAGGGUGAUCCCGGCAGGGGAACGUGUGAACAUCGACGAGGAGACGGUGUGCUACUGCACCUACAGGGACGGAACGUGGCACACCCACCCCCAGGCCACCUGCGAGCAGCGCUCCCUGCCCAGCUCCACACUCCGUACCCGCACCGACGCCCCCAUGGAUGAGGACGUGGCAGGGAGACUGUUCCCUAGACUGGAUCUGAUACCCUAAAGCAAACUGACUGAAGCAGAGUUACUGGUCAGUUAUAAACAACCCCCAGUUCUCAGUCAGUGGGACUCAGAGCAGUGAAUGUUUGGGAAUCAUGACUCCAGCCCCUGGUUCCUGAUGCUCACCAGCAUUCAGCAUUAUUUAAGUUAAGUUUAGGUUCACUGAUAAAUACUGACAUACAUCCUAAUGAUGAAAUUAGAUCAAAUUAGAGUUACUAACAGCAACAUUACAUGGAGGAAAUGGUCAAAAGUGUCGGAAACGUAGCGACUGUUGUCACAACUUCAAACAGGUGAGAUCUGGUGGAAGCCCAGAUGUUGCCCACAUCUGUUGUUUGUGACACACAGAUUCUGUUUAGUUUUUGUCAAAGUCCGAAUAAUUCCUGUUACAGACUGAAGAAACCUCAUCACACCAGAACCAGAACCAGAACUGUUCUGAUGUUCUCACUGAGACUACCUGACCUUUCUGUCUGGAGUUCUAACUGUGACACUAAUCAACUGGAAUUACAGUAAUGACAUGUGAAUAUUGUACUAACAAAUAUAUACAUUUACAAAAACAUAUUUGAUUAUAUUACCAUAUUUUAACGUAUUUAAUGUUCACCUGCAGCAACACAUCCUGACUCCAUUCUGUCUCACCUGUCAGACUGAGUGGGGCUACACUGAUCUGGUUAAGAUAAACUUAUCUUGUUAACAUAUUCUGAUAUAAUUAUGAGAAAUUGAUCUGGUUAUGAUUAACUGAUCUGAAUUGAUGCUACUGUGCAGUUCAGCCGAUGUGAUGAGUCACAUUUUCAGUUUUUUACAUUUAUUGCAGAAAACAAGAGAAAAUUUAAAUUCUUCUAAAAAAUGUGACUUGGACCUUGUUACGGUCCGACCAGUAAGGCACAAGGACAAAGGCGUAUAUAAAAAAAUAUUUUCUAUUUAUUUUCCCAAAAAUUCUUCACAAAAAGACUUCCAACAUCAAAUCUCAAAAAUAUAACAAAAUGGGCCCAAAAGAAAUCAACUAAGGCAGACCUAACUCAGGAUAACAAACCAAAAACUGACCUCAAACUCAGCAAAACAAAGUAGUUAAUGAUUCAAAUAAACAAAAGGUGUUUACUAAAUGUGUGCACCCAUAAUAGUAAACAACCUAAUGCAAUAAACAC